UUCAUUUUAAAGCGGAGGAAUGUAUUUUGGUAAGAUUGAAACUAUCGACAUCUCCUGAGAUCUUUAUUUCUUCUUCUCUCUGGGCAGCCAGGCGUCCAGCUACACUGACCGGUCUCCAUCGCUGGAAAUCCACCCGGUGUCUUGAGGUAGCUUAUAUAUAUAUUUUUUUAAUCCUUCAGAGUGUUUUGUUUGGGUUUAGCGUUCCCUUCUCUGCUGCCCAUUAGGGUUUGUGCUAUUGGGAGACGAAAUAAAGAAAGACACACAAAAAAAUGGCGAAACGUCAUUGUGGUCGAAAGGCCUCUUACUUUUAUGAGUUCUUUAAAGUAUAUCUUCCUGAUCAGAGCUCCCAAAGUCUGCGUGUACCACCUGCUUUUGUCAAGCAAUUGAAUGGACCCAUACCUAAUAAUGCCAUACUUAAAGAUCUUGGUGGGAAAUUUUGGCAUGUGGAGAUCGAAGAAGCUGAAAAUGGCAUAUAUUUCAAGAAUGGAUGGCAAAGAUUUGUGAAUGAUAAUUCUUUAGAGUUUGGGAACUUCUUAGUUUUUAGAUACAAAGGGCAUUCGUUGUUUCAUGUCAAAAUAUUUAGGGAGAAUGGAUGCAUGAAAGAAGAAGCUUUAACUUUUGAGAAGACUGCUGUAUCUGUUGAGAUUGAAGAAGAGUCAGAAGAAGAGGAUACUUGUUCUGAGCCCAUUCAUAAUUGCAAACGGAAGUAUUCAAAAAUAGGCAGGAAAAGAUCUGAAAAUUACGAAGGGAAAUCUGAAAGGCUAGAAUGCGAAGCCAGGAGUGAGGGAAUUACUAAGGGCACUUUGCGUCUUAAAGUUCCCAGGGCGAUUCAAGGGGAUGACAGAGCUCUUGAAACAGCUAGCAAAUUCGUGUCCGAAUUUCCAUUCUUCAAAGUUGUUAUGGCGCCUGCUUAUAUUAAUGGUGGGCUUAUGAACAUACCAGCAACAUUCCUGAAGAGCUACAUGGAAGAGGAUAGACAGAGUGUUACACUUCUCGUUUCAGAUAAGCCAGAUAAGUCGUGGCCUGUGAAAUUGAUCAGAUUUAAAGAAACCACAUGUAAGCUCUCACAGGGCUGGCUCAAAUUCUGCAGGGAAAACACACUAAAAACAAGAGACGUUUGUGUCUUUGAACUGGUGGAGAGAAAUGAUUUUGUUCUGAAAGUUUCUAUUCUCAGAUGUCUAGAUUGAAUGGUGUCUGUGGUUGCCAUGUUUUUUUGCGCUAAUUAGAAACUAUUUGGAGAGUUUAUAUCCCUUCUAUUUAAUGAAACUUUUUGUUGGCAUGGUUGUAAGCUCUGGAUGUAGAUGGAGAUAUUUGUACAUAAUUCUAACAAUCAGCUUCUUUUUUUUUUUUUUGGAACAAUAACAAUCAGCUUUCUAGAUGAUGAUUUUUGUA